CACACACACACACACACACACACACACACACACACACACACACACACACACUGAGCCACAGCUGACAUCACCCACCCCCUCUGCUUUGUAGUAAGGGGUAACACAAGGGUCUAGUAAACAAUGUUGAGCCACACUCACUCUAUUAACCCUUUAUCAACCACACUAAAGACUGUACACUAUCCACCCACUGGGAUUCAUGUUGAAUAAUGCUUCAGGCUUGGUCAGUGCUUAGUCAGUAUAGGUAUAAAUGUAGAAAACAAUUGCCUCUGGGAUUCCCCACCAUUUAACACUUGUAUUCCCAUUAUGUAAUGCAAAUGUCUGCUGUUGCUGUUCUGCCCAAACUGCUUGCCAUUAGCUCCCUUGAUCCUUCAAAAGAUUAAGCAUCGAGGCUGUGUUUAUGUGAAUUUGGUGGGAUUCGCUCCACACAGAGAUCGAUGGGCGGCACUGAUGUUGGGCAUUGAUUUCUACUUGCUCUCCUUUACCAAGCCCAUGAAUUAAACAACAGACCAGCAUGAGAUCCACAGCCCCCACCUCAACCCAACUGUCAGUUAAGAUAACAUCGGGGGGGGGCUGCAUGCAUGAGCAUCUUCCAUUUCCCAUCACUGUUUUUGUAUUAGUAUCCAUGAAACAAGUGUCAAUAAUUGUGCUAAUUACAUUUCUAGGGAUCACAAUUCACACACCACAGUGUUUCAUGGAAAAAUUAUGACAUUAACAGUGUUUAGUUUCAUUCUGCCCACUUCACACAUUGAAUUCACUUAUUUUAACGACGGACCCUUUUAUUGCAUUGGAGUCAUUUUGUUUUUAAACAAAUCAAUUUUAAAAAAUUGAAGAGAAAGCUCCUGUCAAGGUGAAGUAGAAUACUUUGGAGGUAUUUUUGAAGAUUUUAUUCGUUAUUUUUACUUCAACAAGGAUGUACUGCCAUCUUGUGGAAAGAUUAACAUUAUAAUUGUGUGGAAAUACAAUUAUUUGGAAGAGGAAUGAUUCUAACGACUGUUGCCAUGGAUACUUUCAAAAAAGCUUCAGAAUGUGGUUUGUGUUCAUUCAAAUAACCAUAGCCAUCCAGUUGCAGUCAGACAUGGAAGUGUGUUAUCCCUACACAGAAAGAUAUCUACUGAAACUAACAUUCUAUGCAGCAGACUGUCCUGUUCUCAGCCAAUCAGGUGUUUUAAAGAGACCUCACCGCAUUCCAACACACACAGUGAGAGUGAGAGUGACCAACACAGAGGAGAGGCCUCUGACCUUCCAGAACCUGCAGUGUCUCUCCCUCAGCUUCCCAGACCUUUACUACAGACUCACAGGGAACCUUUACGCUCCUGAUCUCUUCCAUCUCGCCUACCUCCAGACAGACUUCCUGUCCUCAGAGUCCUACCUUCCAGCCAGACCAACUGAGUGUCAGGACCCUAGCUACAGGGGGCACACCAGGAACACCAGAUCCUGUCUGGAGCACCAGUCUGUUGCUGAGGAGCUCCAGCAGGUCUCUCAGGGGGAGGGGGAGAGCUGCACUCCAGACUGGAUGCUCUGUGAUGGGUCAUUUGUGCCAUCCUAUCCUGGGAGGGAAUGGGCCUCAAUUAACCACGGGGGCCAGGAUUUCAGCAGGGCUUUCUCUAGUGUGACCUGGACAGAUAAUGCACUAGAUAUACUGGGGAGGUGCAAUAUCACUGAUUAUACUGUGUAUGAGCAGUUUGUCUUCUCUGUUGAUGUGGACAUUCUGCAUCCAGAUCAUUCAGACAGAACGGGACUGAUUUCAGUCUCAAGAGAACCCAGUCACAGCCCCCGAAAGGAAAGGACAAGGUACAAUAAUGCACGGGGCCCCAGACCUCACCAACAGAGUCGAAGGAGAUAUACUGGAGCCUACCUAGCUAACUCAGUCACUAAGAUGGAGAAGAAGUCAGUUCUAAGCACUGAGGUUUUUUAUGAGGUUUACAAUAGCAUUUGUUAGAUGCAUGACAGAAUAAUAUUCCCCAGACACAUCCAGCCUUUUUCCUUACC